CCUAGGCAUCGCCUUGAACGUCUUCAUCCUCCCAGUCUUGACUCGGAAGUCAAGCCAAGAUGAUGAUACCACUGCUCUUCGUUACCUUCCUCGUCAACUUUCCUCAUCAACUCGCACAAUCGGACGUGAACAAUGGACUAAUUACGAUUGUCGCGGUCUUAGGGGCCUCUGUGCUGCCCAUCGGAUUCGCUGCCGGGCCCAGAUAUGUCCCAAAAUGGAAAAAGCAAGCUUGCGAAAUACCGGCGUCCCAACAUCCGAAUUCGCAUUAUAUUUGCGACGAAGCUGGUGAAGUAAAAUGCUUACCCGGAUGGACUGGAGAUCUGUGUGAUGUUCCGAUUUGUCGCAAGGGUUGCGAUCCCCUUCAAGGUUAUUGCCGAAGACCAGGGGAAUGUCGUUGUAAACUGGGUUUCUAUGGCGAACUAUGUGACAAAUGUGUGGCCUUGCCAGGAUGUCAACAUGGAAGAUGUAAUGUGAGCUUCGAGUGUUCCUGCGAUCCUGGUUGGAGGGGUAUGUUUUGCUCCGAACCCGUUUGCGCGCCCGACUGCCUGUCCAGUCAGGGCUACUGCGAAAAACCCGGCGAAUGCAGAUGUCGUUUAGGUUGGCAAGGUUCUAAAUGCAAACAGUGCGCGGUAUUACCAGGCUGCGCUCACGGAACCUGUCAAGGACCUCUGGAGUGUCGAUGCAAUCCGGGUUGGACCGGACUACUUUGUGAAACACCAAUCUGCUCGCAAGGAUGCAGCCGGGAACACGGCGGCUGCAGACGACCGGGUACGUGCAGAUGCCGCGUCGGCUGGUCCGGACCCAACUGCACCGAGUGCGUGCAGUACCCUGGAUGCGUACACGGAUCGUGCAAACGACCUUGGGAAUGCCGAUGCAAGCCGGGUUGGGCCGGCGAGCUGUGCAACGAAAAGCUCAUCUACUGUGACGAGCACCCCGGCCUUUGUCAAAAUGGUGCCACUUGCAUCAGCAUGAUUCGCGAGGACGGCGAUUACAGAUGCAUUUGUCCUCUGGGUUACAUGGGUCGGCAAUGCCAGAUAAAAACUAUGGUACCGUCUAUGGAAUUGCUACCACCAAUGUUCAAUACCACCGUGGGAAUAUCGCAAGAGAUGCAAGAUCUCGCGGACAAGCCGAGUAUCGAGGAAACUUCAAACGAGGACAUGAAGCACGAACAAAAACCUCCCAAGGAAGAGGAGCAAACCGCGGAACCUCUAGGGCCUAUCGUGAUUACAGACUUGCCGACCACCACUAUCAACGUCACUGACACCACUAUUAUUACAACUACUAUAGAUCCGGCCGCAACCGCGGGAAAAUGGCCAACGGAAGCGGCGACCGAGCCAAGCGAAAGAGACGAUGAAAACGAGACAUAAAAUAGAGAUAACCGAUAUAAUGCAGCCACGACGUUUAUAUAUUUCUCUCGUAGCUUAUUUAUUUAUUUAGUUUUUCAAAUCGUUCUCUCUCGAUAAGUUUAUUCGAUAAAGACCGGAUGCCUCUCGAGAAAAGUAUUUAUUCUUUGUUUUAUUGCAUU